AUGGAUCAGGCCAUCUACAUCUCCUCAUCUAGUGAAGAUGGAUUUAAUGAUGAUCCACCUCUCUUCGAUGAAGGCGACAAUUUCCAGGAACAGCUACCGGACGAAGAGCGGUUUGCUGCUUACUUCGACAGAGAGACUCCUGAAGAGUUGUUUCCAGACAGGUUUCCCAAAAGGCAAAGGAUCCAUGGCCCCGGGGACGUCGCUCUCGACCAAAUGCUUUCAAGUCCGCUUGCAUUCCGGGGCCCUGAUUCUCCGCAGUCUUCAAUGGCAGCGGCAGCUGAUGGUGCCAAUACACUCUUCUUGCAGAUUUUAGAGAUAUUUCCUGGCAUCAGCCACACCUACGUUAACGAUCUGAUAGCCCAAAAAACCGUGGCAUUUCGGCUCGGCGCGGAUCUCAAAGCACGUGGUUUUCAACUGGCGAUAUUAAGAGAUAGCAUCUAUGAGGAGAUCCUCGGUCAGAAAUCGUAUCCUAAACAAGACAGUGAGAACGGCAAAAGGAAAAGGGAAGAGUCUGAAGAGGCCGACAUUAGCUGGGAACGUACUUUACAAAACGCAACAAACAGUCCCGAAUACUUCGAGGCAGCGUCUGCUUUCCUGGGACCCGAAUUUCCAUGGGUGCCGAUGAGUCACAUUAAGAAAGUCCUCAUUGAUAAGGGACGCCUUUAUCACGCAUUCGUAGCUCUUUACUCUGACGAUAACCUUCUUGAGCAACGGAAGUAUCAAUAUGUGAGGUUGAAAAGUCAGAGAAGUACGAACUCUCCCAAAAAGUACACCCCUCUUCGUGACACUCUUAUACGUGAGAUCAACGCAGCGAGAAAACAUGUAGAAGAACUGCAGAUCACUUUGCGCAAAAAGAAGGAAGAAGAGGAGGCGGAAAAGGCGAACGAGGAGGAACACAUUCGGACAGGCAGUCUCAUUGAGUGCCAUUGCUGUUACGCCGAUGUCCCGUCAAAUCGAUGUAUUCCGUGCGAUGGAGACGACCUUCACUUCUUUUGUUUCACGUGUAUUCGCAGAUCGGCCGACAACCAAAUUGGUAUGAUGAAAUACAUACUACAAUGCUUCGACGUCAGCGGUUGUCAAGCUUCGUUCAAUCGUCAGCAACUCAGGGAAAUCUUAGGCCCAGUAGUCAUGGACAAACUGGAUUCCCUACAACAAGAAGACGAGAUCCGAAAGGCAGGCCUUGAGGGGCUUGAGGAUUGCCCUUUUUGUUCCUACAAGGCCGUCUUGCCGCCUGUGGAAGAAGACAGGGAAUUCCGCUGCGAGAACUCUCAAUGCAAAGUGGUUAGCUGUCGUUUGUGCAAAGAGAAAAGCCACAUCCCCCAAACUUGCGAAGAAUAUCGAAAGGACAAGGGGCUCUCUGAAAGACACCAGGUAGAAGAGGCCAUGAGCAAUGCUCUAAUACGAAAAUGCCCCAAAUGCCGGCUCAAGAUUAUCAAAGAGUAUGGAUGCAAUAAGAUGCAAUGUACGAAGUGCCAUACUCUCAUGUGCUAUGUGUGCCAGAAGGAUAUCACGAAAGAGGGCUAUGCCCAUUUCGGACGCGGCGGAUGUCCCCAGGACGAUAUACAUACGCAAGACCGUGAUGACAGAGAGAUUCAGAGAGCUGAGCGGGCUGCUAUCGAUAAGAUUCUAGCAGAGAAUCCGGAUAUAUCCGAGGAGCAGAUUCGAGUGGGCCAUGAGAAAACAAAUGCUCAAACUCGCGGAGUUCGUAGAGACCCGCGGCUGCAACCAGCAAUUCAAAUGCGGGAUGCUAUGAGAGUUAUGAGGGCGGACAUGGGGGGUUUCUACCCUCAACAGCACCAGCAUGCUAAUACAGCUGCGCAAAGACAACUCCCCGUCUACCCUCCGCCAGCUUACAAUGUACCAUACCCUAUGGACUAUGGCACUAUGUUCAACCCACCUUUCCCUGGCUUUAAUGUCCUUCAAAGGGGUCUCCAGCCGGGCAACCUCCCAGCUCAGCCUGCGGUUAUGCAGCCCAUGGUAGUGGGCUUGGCCAACCCUCCUGCAAACUUUCACCCACAGGACAUUCAGAAUAUCACCGCGUUUCCCCCUCAGCAAAGUCUACCUCGGAAUCAAAACGCAGCUUAUCGCGGUGUCGGUUUCGGACCCUUUUGA